AUGUCCUCAAUAAACAUAAAGAGGAAGUGUCCAAAAGGAGGGAAUCCAGGUCCUUGUGAAGAUGUUCCUCAUGUUGAAGCUACCAGAAAAGGUCUCAAAGGUACUGAUGGGAAAACAAAUUACGAAUAUUGCACUCACACUGGGAGACGUUCUAUAUUUCUAAUAAAUCUUAAAUAUGGCGGAAACCGUCUUAAAAUAGAAGCUAAUGAUGGGCAGUUAAAUCCUUUCUACCAACAGCAUAGAGUGGUCGGGGAGGUAACAACUUACUACCACAACGACUAUGAUAAAAAUCCAAAUUUUAUAAAAGCUCCUCUUGUACUCAAAGUAGAGGAUGCUAUACACAAAGGAAGCUAUACUUGGUACGAGAAUACCGGAAGUGGUAUAAAAUGGAAGAAAAUUGAGCAUAAUGGAGAUUUUCCUACCAGUGACCCAGGGCAAGGUGAAAAUGACUUUACUAAGAGGCUAGAUAAACUCACUUGUAAACUACAUAGACUUCAUAGAGUUAAUAUAGGCAAUGAUAAUAAGGAGAGGGGAGAUUCUUAUAACUGUGAUCUCUGUAAAAAUGCAAGUGUUACCGUUAAACCAGGAGUUCCUGUUAACGGAAUUUAUUCCACGUUUGAACAUACUCCAACAGAGGAUGGAAAAUACUAUCUUUCAUACGGGAGCAAUCUGGUAAAAUAUAAAGAUUCUGGUGGUAGUAACUUCAUACCAUUAGAGGUCUUAAGUAGCUAUCCAAGUGUAACAGUGUACUACUGGAUAGGAGACGGUGGUCGCAAGAAUCCUCUCUUGAUAGAAGUUAAGUUGUCUACAAGAGAGUCUCAUUGGUAUGAAAACGCUAGAUAUGAUGAUAAUAAAAAUGAUAUAUGGAGGAAGUUGGGAGAACAAGAGACAAAAGCGUUCUCAACUGGUAAUUCUGACAGGCUUAAGGAAAAACUUGACUCUCUAAAUUGUAUAUUCAACGGUGCUCUGAAGAUAAAAUUGGGAUUGACUUCAAAUUGCCAUAAUACCAGGGACGGUCGACACAGGGAUAGACUAAGAACUUACAUCGAUGGCACUUUUCACAGAGAUCUUUCCCUCUCUAUCUAUGUAUAUACAUCACGUGAGGGAUCUGUAAGUGAUUUAUUUAAUGUGGCAGAGAUCGUUCUUGCGGAAAAGAAACAGAAGUUCUUGGAUGGUACUUCAUUCUUUAAAGAUGUUAUCAAAGUAUCUUCAUAUGAAUCAAAAUGUAGCCCUGGGACUCCAUUCCUGCUUUGCAUAGAAUCAAAUGGUAAUGAUUAUAAAUGGUACUGGAAAACCAAACCAGGGAAUGAGUGGGAGGUAUGCCCUAGAUUGGCUAAAAGGCCUCCUGGUAGUGUUAAAGACGAAAUUGGAACUAUUUUCUCAGAUGCUAUGAAAAGUCCUCUUAAAAUAACACUGUGUCCCCCUUCUAAACCUCCAAAAAAGGGUAUCCAGAUAGAUAUCUCACAACAACCGAAGGGUGAUGAAUCUUUUGGUAUGUAUGAAGUUCAGUCCAGUUCUGGGGAAAUUCCAAUAGCUAUAAUGAAAACAGUCGAUUCACCUGUGCGCGGUUUCUUCAGAGUUAGCCAUACUGCAAACAUGGCAACGGGAUCUUUUACACUUAGUAAUAAUCUUAAGGGUGGAGAUGGUAUAAGAGGGGUAAGCAAUCCCAUAGAUAGUGUCUCAGUAUACUACUGGGAUGGUAACCCUGGUAAGCCUAUCCUUCUUGAAAUCAAUGAUAUAAACGGUCAUUCUAAAUACUAUUCUCGUGCUGAAGAUACUAAUACAAAACAAGGUAAUUGGGCAAAACGUGAUUAUGAGAGCCUAAAACAUACAGAUUUGGAGGAAAUGCUAGAUGACCAAAACUGUCACAGGAAUGGCACCAUACCUAUUGACCUUAAAUACCCUUCUGACCUCAAACCAUUUUACAAGACCAUUAAGGAAAAGAUUACUAGUACCUCCCCAUACCUAAGCAAAAAAUCAUUAUUUUCAUCAGCUUUUCCACUUACUCUCCGGUCCGGAUCAGAUGACUAUGAAGUAGAAAUCUGCAAAGUAGAAAAUGAACUAUCCAGAGUCACUUAUGAUGGAAAAGAGACUACUGGUAUCGAGCCCCCUGGAGGCAAAGUCUCUAAGCUUAGGAUAUACAUGUGGAAGCAUGACCCAAGUCCAAACAAAGUACCUCUUCUUGCUGAAUUUUUAAAGACAGAUGGAAAACAUGAGUGGUUUGAGAACCUUGGUAAAGAAAGUACUAACUGGGCAACGAUUGGAGAUUAUGAAGCAAAUAAGUUUUACCAGAGUGGUUCACAGGAUCUAUUCACUGAGGAACUUAUCAGUAAACUAGAUGAAGUGAGCUGCAGGAUUCAUCACACAGUAAAGAUAGAUAUGUCUAGGAAGAAUGUUAUAAGGUCACAUUGUCACAGUGGAUGUCAUCCAAAAAGAAUAAAGAUCAAGAGGGAUAUUGGUAAUUUGUUCCCUAAAUAUAUAGGUUAUGAACAUACCUCUGCGACUAACGAUAAGACUUUUACAGUGACUUCCAUAGUGUAUAAAAACGAAGAGCAGAGAGUGGAACGGGGUAAUCUCAACUUUCCUCUAAGAGAAGUCUCGAAGGUCACUGUCUACUUUCAAAAUUGCGAGAUAGGGUAUCCAGUUGCUAUGCAGAUUGAAAAGGAGGGAGAAGGUAAUAGAUGGCUUAAGAAUGAAGAUAGAAACGGGAAAUGGAAAGAGUUUAGUCCACAGAAUAUCAUAGAAACCAUAAACCGAGCCACAAGUGGUCUAAACUUAUGCCCAGAAUUUCCUAAACAACUAGCACGUACUGAACAGUCUGAUUCUGAAAACCAAGACGUGGGGGAAUACGAUGAACAAGAUGAUGAAUCCGAAGGUGAAAAUUCUCCUCCUCAAGUAUCUACCGAUCACUCUGACUCUAUAUCUCAUCAACCUCAAUCUGGUGUUGAUCAAUCUCCUGCAGAACUUUCUCCUCAACAACACAAUGCUGACCAACCUAACCAAUCUAACUCAGCUGCUAGUUCUCAAGAUGUUAAUACUCUACCUCAACAAGACGAUUAUAGAGCUUCUCCUAAUAAAGACCCUAAUACUGACCAUACUCCGUAUAUCAUCGCCUCUUCUGUUCUUGGUGCCUCAGGUUCUCUAACCGGGUUUGCUUACUGGAUCUACAAACGCUUUGCUGGAGAACCAUGGGUUCGGCAGAUAUAA